AUGCGUAUCGUACUGUGCUUAUUAUGUGAUGCUCUACAAUGCUACCAUUGUUCGGGAUGUCCUGAAGCUAUGGACCAAUGGAAGCCCAGCACGUGUACCGGACAAAAUGUUGCCUGUGUAAAACACGUAUAUGAAGCCACCGCUUCACAGAGUACCGCUUACACGCCCGUAGAAUGCUACACGUGUAAAGAUAAGGAAUGCGAAGAACCCCAGGAUACAUGGAAAACAGCAACGUGUGGAACUGCUGGCCAAGGAGCAUGUGUUAAACAUGUUUAUAUAGAUAAAGCCACUCAAAAAGAAACGACAAGCCGCAGAUGUGUAAUUGUCGAUCCUAGAUCAGGACAUACUUGCGAUAAAUCCUUGGGUGAAGAAAAAUUUUGCGGAUAUUGUUCCGACAAAAAAUGCAAUUCUGCCCCAGCAUUCCGCAGCCAAUACGGAACCAUGUCGGGGGCUGUAUACCAACCAACUACAGUGCAAUAUGAAUCAAAUGGACAGGAAAGGUGGCAAGACAGACCCAUCAGUUAUUUGGCAUCGGUUUCGCAAACAGCCAGGCGACCUUGUGGAUUAAACUGUCUACCCUCUAGAAAUGUGUUGCCCAUUAUACUUAUCACAUCGUGUGUGGCCUGCUUUUCUUUGGGGUUGGUCAUGCUCAUACAUGGAUCUAUGGGUUAUUCUGACACCCCAGCAGAUAAAGAAGGUGUAUACCUAAGCAUAACAAUUUUUGGGGCUAUAUUCUUUGCCCUUUCCAUACUUCUAUUUGUUUUCUUCUUGCGUCUAACAAGAAGAAUAUGCUGGAGAAAUAUGAAAGAUCACUUGAAAACGUCCGGAGGUCAAAACUUGACUGUUAACCCAUCGACAGACCUUUUGGUUGCAGCCCAGUACGCCCCUGUAUCGGAGGUUGCCUACCAACCCACCCCAGAGGACAGCGAACAGAGCAAAUUAAUGCCACACGAGAACAAAGAGAUAACUAAUGAAGAAGCAGAUAGAAUGGUUGAGAGCGAUCCGAGGAUUGUUUUGCGUCCGCUAAACCCAACAGCUCAUGAAGAAACUUAAUUAGUAAUUAGUAAGUGAUCAUCACACUCUGUACAUUGAAAAAUGUAUUUUUGUUACUUAAAUAUCUCCUUAAAGACUUACUCACUUAGUAUUAGAUGGAAAAAUUG